AAGAGGAAAAAAAUUAACAGCAAAACCCAAAAAAAAAUUAAAUAAAUAAAUAAAAUACAAGAAAAUUGAAAAAAAAAAAAAUAAGUUAUACCAAGUUAUUAUUAUAACAGUGUUAUACUCUAAAUGUAUUUGGAUAUAGAAGGUGAUCAAAUUGUACCAUCACCAAGUUCGUGGGUAAUGCAGUCCUCGGAAUUAGAUUAUCGAAAUGAACCAAUGGAUCAAAUUCAAAAAAUUAAACCAGAUAUUGAACGUCAUUAUGGUUACUAUCAGCAAGAUCAAACAUCCGAUCAGCAUUCAACAAAUUCGAAAAAUUCGAGUCCAGUUUAUGGUUAUAUGAAUGAUGGUACAUCAUGUUAUGAAAGUAUUAAUGGAAAGGAUUAUUUUUAUGAAACUCGACAUCAUUUCCAUUCACCGAAUAUAAAGCCAAAUAAAGACAUAUUAAUGUUAAGUGAAACAAAUAAUAAUUAUCAAAUAUUUAUUGGUGACAAUCGUGAAGAAGCUGAUGCCGCAAUAACACAAAGUAUAUGGGAAAGUACAACAUUACAUAAUAUACAAAAUUUAAAUACAAAUGAUGUUAGUCCAACAACAGCAAAUACAAUUGGUGGUAGUCCAUCUAUAAUAGUUCCUCAAGUUAAAAAAGAAAUAUCAGAUGAUCAAUUAUUGGAUACAUUUUCAGCAUCAUUGCUCAGUCCAUUACAUAUAAAAUCAGAAAAAUCUUCUUGCCAUACACAACAACAACAACAACCGAAUCUUCUGCAAUAUUCACAACAACAGAAUCCAACACAAACAACAACUGGUGUUGGUGGAUCAGCAACAUCAGUACAAUCAUAUACAUUAAAUAAUACAAAUACUACUAAUAAUAAUAAUAACAAUAAUAAUAAUAAUAAUAGUAAUACUAGUAAUAGUAAUAAUAAUAAUAAUAGUUAUCAUCAUCAAGAUUCAUUUCAACAUGACAUUAAUACAAAUAGUACAACAUUAAAUAUUAGUAAAGUACCUUGGCAACAUCAUCAACCUCAACAAACAACAUUAGAUAACUUUUAUCUUGAUAAUUUUAGCAAUAUUAGUAGCAAUUCACAUAAUUUAUUGACUGAUCCGAAUAAUUAUAGUACAGGAACAGUAGCCUCGGUAUCAAGUCAUGUUAAUAAUAAUCUCAAUAAUUUAUCACCGAAUAGUAGAUUAAAUUAUUUAAGUAGUAAUAAUGAAAAUCCAUCGUCAUCACAACAACAACAAUCACAACAGCAACAAUUACCUUUAGGAACUGGAAAUCAUAAUGAUAAUCCAUAUAAUAAUAGUAUUAAUGGAACAAAUACAUGUGAAACAUCAUAUCAAAAUUGUACCAGCGGUUAUGAUUGGGAAAAUGAAUUAUCACAGCAUUCGUACGAAAAAUUUCAAGCUCAUCAAAAUUAUUUACCUUCACCGCCUGCACCACAAACACCACGUUUAAUAUAUUCAUCGUCACCGCUUACCCCACCAAAUUCAGAUCAUGGAAGUCCCAAAGCUAAUUUAAGUGCCGCCGCAACACUGCCAUCUAUUUAUAAUAAUUAUCAACAUAGUGAAAAAUAUUCAUCAACAUCAUCAUCAUCGGCAUCAUCAUCUUCAAUAUCAAUAUCUGUUUGUUCACAUCAACAUAAUCAACAGCAACAACAGCAACCACAACAGGAUGCUAAACCUUAUCAUUUAUCAUCAUCAAAUAAUACAAAUAAUGUUACACCUGGUAACAUUAUUACAAAUAGUAAUAAUCCAAAUUCAAUUUUAACAACAAAUUCAACUGUUAAUGGUAAUUCGAAUCAAAAAGAUUUAACAGUUUUAUUACCAGCUAAUGGUAAUGUUAUACCAGAAAGUAUAUUAUCAAUAGUUGCUAAAACAAUAACGAGGCCUCGUUAUAAUCGUAGAAAUAAUCCAGAAUUAGAAAAACGACGGAUACAUCAUUGCGAUUUUAUAGGUUGUACAAAAGUUUAUACAAAAAGCUCACAUUUAAAGGCUCAUCAAAGAAUUCAUACUGGUGAAAAACCAUACACUUGUCAAUGGCCAGAGUGUGAAUGGAGAUUUGCUAGAUCUGAUGAAUUAACAAGGCACUAUAGAAAGCAUACAGGAGCAAAACCAUUUAAAUGUAUUGUAUGCGAAAGAAGUUUUGCUCGUAGUGAUCAUUUGGCUUUACAUAUGAAACGUCAUAUUCCAAAGACGAAAAACUAAGAUCAUCUAAUUAAAACACAAGAACUUCAUAAAGAGUUGAGUUUUUUAAUGAAUGAACAAAGGUAGAAUAUGGUAAUUAUUACCUUUGUAUUAAGAUGAUUGAUCUCAACCACCUAUAUGUUAUACAUUAUGUAUUAAUAAAAAAAAUUCAUAAAAUUUCAAAGAACAGUGUAUACUUUAAAAACUAUUGAAGCAAAAGUGGAAUUUUGUAAAAAGAAAAGCUUGUAAUUUUAAA